CAUCAAACAUAGAUGGCAUAAAUCCUGCUAAUUCCAUGGAGGACACUAAGACUUCACACGAACACGGUUUUCUCUGCUUUCCUCGAUUCCUGGCGUAAGCAGUAGGCUUGUAAUCCCCAGGUUUUAAGCUAUGUUUUGAGUUUCAAGCAAGAGAGCUUUUCAGUUCGUGCAAAUUGUAUUUUCCAACUAGCUAAAUCCCAUUGGUUUCAUCUGCAUGGCUGCCCGGCCCUACAUACCCUGUGAGGCUUACACGAGGAUUCGUCUUUGCUUGCUCUUCUUCACUGGCUAUGCUAUUUCUCUGCCACCCGGAGAAUCUUUCAACCACUACCUAUUUUGCUUCUUUUUCUCUCUUCUUUCCGGGUUUCACUCUGCGCUGUUCUGAGCUUAGAGGGUUUUGGUGUCGAAUUGGGGCAAUUGCUUUCAGGCAUACUUGAACUGUACUAAAGCUCAUUUUGGAGGUCUUUCUCUGAAUUGCUCAUAUGCCUGGCAACAAGUAUAACGACAACUCACAAGUUCUCAGUGAUCGAGUAGGGAGACUCGUCAGAGAAAGGGAACGGAGGAGAAGCAACAGAAUUCCUUCAUUAAAUGAUGGAAAUGAUGGAAACCGAGGAAUUGAGAUCUCUGAGCAUGAUAUUUCAGGGACUUCCUAUGUAGAGCAUUAUUUGGAAGGAGCUGCACGAGCACGUAAUGAAGGGUGGGAAAGGCCUGAUGGUAGGCCAAUCAGACAGAGAUUGCUAGUGGUUGCUAAUAGACUUCCUGUAUCUGCAGUGAGGAGAGGUGAGGAUUCCUGGUCGCUAGAGAUAAGUGCAGGAGGUCUAGUCAGUGCUCUUCUGGGUGUUAAGGAGUUUGAGGCACGAUGGAUUGGUUGGGCAGGUGUAAAUGUGCCAGACGAGGUUGGGCAAAAGGCUCUUAGUAGAGCACUAGCUGAGAAGAGGUGCAUUCCUGUUUUCCUUGAUGAAGAGAUCGUUCAUCAGUAUUACAAUGGCUACUGCAACAAUAUAUUAUGGCCUCUGUUUCAUUAUCUUGGACUUCCUCAAGAAGACCGUCUUGCAACUACCAGGAGUUUUCAGUCGCAGUUUACUGCAUAUAAAAAGGCGAACAAAAUGUUUGCUGAUGUUGUUAACAGAAAUUAUGAAGAGGGUGAUGUUGUUUGGUGUCACGACUACCAUCUAAUGUACCUUCCAAAAUAUCUGAAGAAAUACAACAACAAGAUGAAAGUUGGAUGGUUUCUGCAUACUCCCUUUCCGUCUUCCGAAAUCCACCGGACUUUGCCAUCUCGAUCAAAGCUACUACGUUCAGUUUUGCAUGCCGAUUUAGUGGGUUUCCACACAUAUGAUUAUGCAAGGCAUUUUGUGAGUGCUUGUACUCGUAUUCUUGGACUGGAAGGUACUCCUGAAGGAGUAGAGGAUCAAGGGAGACUAACUCGUGUGGCUGCGUUCCCCAUAGGCAUUGAUUCUGAAAGGUUCAUCCAUGCCCUUGAAGCUCCUCAGGUCCAGGAACGCAUUAAAGAAUUAAAAGAAAGAUUUGCUGGAAGGAAGGUAAUGCUUGGUGUGGAUCGUCUUGAUAUGAUAAAAGGAAUCCCUCAAAAGAUACUAGCAUUUGAAAAGUUUCUGGAGGAAAAUCCAUCCUGGUGCGAUAAGGUGGUUUUGCUGCAAAUUGCUGUGCCGACAAGGACCGAUGUCCCUGAAUACCAAAAGCUUACAAGCCAGGUUCAUGAAAUUGUUGGGAGGAUCAAUGGCCGAUUUGGAACUUUGACGGCUGUUCCAAUUCAUCAUCUGGAUCGUUCUCUUGACUUCCAUGCCUUGUGUGCACUGUAUGCUGUAACUGAUGUAGCACUUGUUACGUCUUUGCGGGAUGGAAUGAAUCUUGUCAGCUAUGAGUUUGUGGCAUGUCAAGAUUCCAAAAGAGGAGUUCUCAUCCUCAGCGAAUUUGCUGGAGCAGCACAGUCUCUUGGUGCUGGAGCAAUUCUUGUAAAUCCUUGGAACAUCACAGAAGUUGCUGCUGCAAUAGACCAAGCUUUGAAUAUGUCCCAUGAAGAAAGAGAGAAACGUCAUCGGCAUAACUUUGAGCAUGUGACAACUCAUACUGCUCAACAAUGGGCUGAAUUCUUUGUAAGCGAACUAAAUGAUACUGUUAUUGAAGCUCAGCAAAGAACCAGAAAAGUUCCACCGCAACUUGCCAUCAGUGAUGCAAUCAAGCGUUACUUGAAGUCUAAUAAUCGACUACUCAUACUGGGUUUUAAUGCUACUCUAACCGAGCAAAUUGACACUCCUGGAAGAAGGGGAGAUCAGAUCAAAGAAAUGGAACUUAAAUUGCAUCCUGAGUUGAGAGGACCUCUGACAAUGCUUUGUAGUGACCCAAAUACAACAAUUGUGGUCCUUAGUGGAAGUGACAGAAGCGUCCUGGAUGAUAACUUUGGAGAAUACAAUAUGUGGUUGGCAGCUGAAAAUGGGAUGUUUCUACGAUCUACAAGAGGAGAAUGGAUGACAACAAUGCCAGAGCACUUGAAUAUGGAUUGGGUUGACAGUGUAAAGCAUGUUUUUGAGUAUUUCACUGAAAGAACCCCAAGAUCGCACUUUGAACGUCGUGAAACUUCACUUGUGUGGAACUACAAGUAUGCAGAUGUUGAAUUUGGAAGAUUGCAAGCUAGAGAUAUGCUGCAGCAUCUCUGGACUGGUCCAAUUUCUAACUCAUCAGUUGAUGUUGUCCAAGGAAGCCGGUCUGUUGAGGUGCGAGCUGUUGGUGUCACAAAGGGAGCGGCUAUUGACCGGAUCUUGGGAGAGAUUGUUCAUAGUAAAUCCAUCUCCACACCAAUAGAUUACGUCUUGUGCAUAGGUCAUUUCUUAGGAAAGGACGAGGAUGUGUACACAUUUUUUGAACCAGAGCUCCCCCCGGAUUCCUUCGGUCUACCAAGAACUAAGGUAACAGAUGCAAUUAAGCUCUCAGUCGAGAAAAGGCCACCUCCAAAGUUUCCAACUGGCAGAAGCAGCUCGAAGCCUCCAAGUAAGAGUCAGCAGCAUAGUACUAACUCAGACAAGAAAGCAACAAAUGGUGCCUCUGGUAGCAGCAAACGGUCAUCAUCAGAAAAUUCUUCUUGGAAUGUGCUUGAUCUGAAAAAGGAGAACUAUUUUUCUUGUGCUGUUGGCCGAACACGUACGAAUGCACGGUAUCUUCUUAACACCUCAGAUGAUGUUGUUGCGUUUCUCAAGGAGUUGGCAGAAGCAGCCUUCUCAAACUAG